CGCUGCCGCCGCCGCCGCCGCCGCCGCCGCACGCCGAUGGCUGCGGGGUCUCGAGCAGCCCCACGGUCCGCGCGAGGAGAGCGAGGAGCCUCGGGCCCUGGGCGGCGGCGGCUGCAACGAGGCUAAGGAGGGCGGCGCGGAAGUCGGGAGCGAGUGUCGUCAGCAGCAGCCGCGGGGCCUCCGAGAGGGGAAGCGGCCGCGGCAGCGACGCCGACGUCCUGCGCGUACCCCCUCGCCGCGGCACCCGCCGGCCCCCUCCUCCUCCUCCUCCUCCUCCUCCUUCACCGCCACCUCCUCCUCCUCCUCCUCCUCCUCCUCCGCGGCGGCGGCGGCGGCGGCCACCAUCUUCCUCUUGCUGCCAGUGGUAGCGCUCGUCUGGCGGAGCUGGGGCUGAAAGACACACAGAAGUCUUCAUGGAUAUAGUUGAUACAUUUAAUCAUUUAAUUCCUACUGAACACUUAGAUGAUGCCCUAUUUCUAGGAUCCAACCUGGAGAAUGAAGUCUGUGAGGAUUUUAGUACAAGUCAAAAUGUCUUAGAGGACUCGCUGAAGAACAUGCUCAGCGAUAAGGAUCCUAUGCUAGGAUCUGCAAGUAACCAGUUCUGUUUGCCUGUUUUGGAUAGCAAUGAUCCCAAUUUCCAGAUGCCUUGUUCAACAGUUGUUGGUCUUGACGAUAUUAUGGACGAAGGAGUUGUUAAAGAAAGUGGCAAUGAUACUAUUGAUGAAGAAGAACUGAUUUUACCUAACAGGAAUUUGAGGGACAAAGUGGAAGAAAAUUCAGUAAGAUCACCAAGAAAAUCACCUCGUUUAAUGGCGCAAGAACAAGUAAGAAGUUUGCGACAAAGCACUAUUGCCAAGCGUUCAAAUGCAGCACCGUUGAAUAGCACAAAAAGGGCAUCUGGGAAGACUGUAUCGACCCCUAAAGCCGGGGUGAAACAAGUGGAGAGAUGUCAGAUUAAAGAAGAAACCUGUGCGUCACUGAAACCUGAGUACCAUAAGGAGAGCAGAAGAAGCACUCGUCAUACUGCACAAAUUGAAGUGGAACCAGAAGUGUCUGUGUCUUCAAGUCAUUCUUCAUUGUCAUCUUCUCUUGAAAUAAAGGAUAAAGUUGAAUUAGAUUCUAAACAGAACUGUACUAAUCAAAGUGAAGCAGAUGUGCCAUCUCAUGAAUUAAAUUGUCCACUCCUUUCAGAAACAUGUGUUAGUAUUGAAGAAAAGAAAAGUGAAGCUCUGACAGAAAGUAAAAUGAAGACUGAUGAUAAUCCAUUGUUUAAUUUUUCAGAUAAAGAAGAGCAUGAGCAAAAUGAUUCUAUUUCAGAUAAAAUUCAUGAGACUGUUGUUGCAGAAAUGAGAGAAAGGGGGAAAAUUGAACAAGAAUCAGAGGAUGCAAUCAAAUUACCCCAUGAAGAUGACCAAAUUAUCGAGGAACCUGCAUCUUCUGUGACAGUCUCUGGUGAUACUGCUUGUCCAAAUCCAAAUGAAACAGAAAAGAGCCUUGGAGAUUUGUCUGGUUCUGUGGAUGAAGUAAACGAAUGUAAUUUGGAGUUAAAGAAUACCCAGGAAAUUACUGACAGAGACAAGAGCUCCUUUCAGAGACAUGAAAUAGAACCAGUGGGUUAUUGUAAAGACAUAGAGUCCAGUGACAAGCAGUCAGAGAAUACUGAAUUUCAUGAAUCAACUUUAGAGGUGGUUGGUACUAAUGCUUUAGAACUAGAAAAUAGUAUUUUAGAAAAUGUUGUUAGUGAUGUUCCUGACCAAAAUUCUAAACAAUUAAAUAUUGUUGAAAGUGUUAAAAUGGAGUCUUAUGAAGCAGCGAACAUUCAGAAUGACAAAAACAGCCCGUUAAGUACUAUUCCUUGCUCAGAAUCAAAAAAUACAAAAUCUAAACAUGUAAAACCUGUAAUUCCUCCUAAGCAAACCAUGACCAUGGAUAAUCUGAAGAAAGUUAUUGUAACAAAGAAUGAAUCAGUACACAAUAAAAGUAAAGUUCAUGUCAAAAGUGUUAAAAGAAAUGCUGAUGAACCAGAAUCACAGCAAAAUUUUCAUAGAUCAGCCAAAGUGAGAAAAAAACAGGUUGAUAAAGAUCCAAAGACUCAGAUGUGCAAUUCUGGGGUCAAAUCUAUGAAAAAUCAAGCUCAUUCUAUAUUGAAAAAAACAUCACAGGAUCAAAAUUUGGUGCAGAUUUCCAAACCCUUAGUUCAUUCUUUGAAUGACAGGUCUCAUGGUCCACCUGGUUGCUCCAAAGAACCGCAACAUCCUGCACAGACUGGGCAUCUAGUCCACCAGAAACAGUGCCAUAAGCCUCAGCCACUGGUCACAGCAAUGAAAAGCAACAGUCACGUGAAAGAAGAGCUUGAACAUCCAACUGUGGAACAUUUUAAGGAGGAAGACAAGCUGAAACUGAGAAAGCCCGAGAGAAACCUACAGCCCCGCCAGAGAAGAAGCAGCAAAAAUUUUUCCGUAGAUGAGCCACCAUUGUUCAUUCCAGACAACAUAGCUACAGUGAAAAGGGAAGGCUCAGACCAUAGUUCUCCAUUUGAGAGCAAAUCUGUGUGGACUCCCAGCAAGCAGUGUGGGUUUUGCAAAAAGCCACAUGGCAACAGGUUUAUGGUUGGCUGUGGGAGAUGUGAUGACUGGUUUCAUGGUGAUUGUGUUGGAUUAAGUCUUACUCAAGCACAACAAAUGGGAGAAGAAGACAAAGAAUAUGUGUGUGUGAAAUGUUGUGCUGAAGAAGAUAAGAAGACUGAAAUAGUUGAUAUGGAUGUUUUGGAAAAUCAAGCUAAACUUGAAGUUCAGAGCGAAGAUAAGACAAUGGAAUACGAAAAGCUUGGGUUGUCAAAGCAUACACCAACAAAUGAUAAAACCAAAUAUGUUGAUGAUCCGGUGAAACACAAGGUCAAGAUUUUAAAACGGGAAUCUGGGGAAGGUAAAAACUCAUCAGAUGCUAGAGAUAGUGAAAUUAAAAAAUGGCAACUAGCUCCUCUUCGAAAAACGGGACAACCAGUUUUACCUCGGAGAUCCUCAGAAGAGAAAAGUGAGAAAACAUCAAAAGAAUCUGUAACUCUUUGCACAGGAGAAAAAGCUUCAAAAACAGGUGCUCAUGAGAAACAAGAGAUAAAAAAGAAGAAAGUUGAAAAGGGAGUGCCGAAUACGCAUCCUCCUCCCGCUUCUUCCAAGCCUUCUGCAGAUCAGAUCAGACAGAGUGUCAGACAUUCUCUCAAAGAAAUACUUAUGAAAAGACUCACGGACUCCAAUUUGAAGAUGCCAGAAGAGAAGGCAACGAAAGUUGCCACAAAAAUUGAAAAAGAGCUCUUCUCUUUUUUUCGUGAUACGGACGCUAAAUAUAAGAACAAAUAUAGAAGUUUGAUGUUUAAUCUGAAAGAUCCUAAAAACAGUAUGUUGUUUAAAAAGGUUCUGAAAGGAGAAGUAACCCCUGAUCAUCUUAUAAAAAUGAGUCCUGAAGAACUAGCUUCUAAAGAAUUAGCUGCUUGGAGACGAAGAGAAAAUAGACAUACUAUAGAGAUGAUUGAGAAAGAGCAGAGAGAAGUGGAAAGACGACCAAUCACAAAAAUUACACAUAAGGGUGAAAUAGAAAUUGAGAGUGAUGCCCCCAUGAAAGAACAGGAAGCAGCCAUGGAAAUUCAGGAAGCUGCAGCUAAUAAGUCGGAGAAGACAGAGGGAUCUGAGAAACUAAAGGAAGAGCUUGACUCCAUGUCUAAAGAUACCACUAAUCAACAUAGACAACAUCUUUUCGAUCUUAACUGCAAGAUUUGUAUAGGUCGAAUGGCACCACCUGCAGAUGAUCUUUCUCCAAAAAAGGUGAAAGUUGUUGUUGGAGUGUCUCGGAAACAUUCGGACAAUGAAGCAGAUAGUAUCGCAGAUGCAUUAUCUUCAACAUCAAAUAUUUUAACUUCUGAAUUAUUUGAAGAGGAGAAACAGGACUCUCCAAAGUCAACGUUCUCUCCUGCUCCACGUCCAGAGAUGCCGGGAACUGUUGAAGUUGAGUCUACCUUCCUGGCUCGAUUGAACUUCAUCUGGAAAGGUUUUAUCAACAUGCCUUCUGUGGCAAAAUUUGUUACCAAAGCCUACCCAGUGUCUGGUUCCCCUGAGUACUUGACAGAGGAUCUACCAGACAGUAUUCAAGUAGGUGGCAGGAUAUCACCUCAGACAGUUUGGGAUUAUGUGGAAAAAAUCAAAGCAUCAGGUACCAAGGAAAUCUGUGUGGUUCGCUUCACACCCGUAACUGAAGAAGACCAGAUUUCUUACACUUUGCUGUUUGCGUACUUUAGCAGCAGAAAGCGCUAUGGAGUAGCUGCUAAUAACAUGAAGCAAGUUAAGGAUAUGUACCUUAUUCCUCUGGGUGCCACAGAUAAAAUUCCACACCCCCUCGUGCCUUUCGAUGGACCUGGACUUGAACUCCAUAGACCUAAUCUGUUGCUGGGCUUAAUUAUUCGACAAAAACUGAAGCGACAACAUAGUGCUAGUGCUAGUACCAGUCAUCCAGCUGAGACUACGGACAGCGUGCCGGUAGCAUUGCCACCUGAUAAAAAAAGUAAGAUGGAUGUUUCCUUGGAGGACGCACCAGAGGAAGAAAAUGACUUUUUCAAUUCUUUCACAACUGUGUUGCAUAAGCAGAGAAAUAAGCCCCAGCAAACCCUUCAGGAAGACCUUCCGGCAGUAAUUGAACCCUUGGUGGAAGCCACGAAGCAGGAGCCACCCAAACCUUUACGUUUCCUCCCGGGGGUAUUAAUUGGCUGGGACAAUCAGCCUUCUACUUUGGAACUGGCAAAUAAACCUCUUCCAGUGGAUGAUAUUCUUCAGAGCCUUUUGGGCACCACUGGUCAGGAAUAUGAACAGGCUCAGGCAGGGACAGAGCAAAACACCCUGAAAGAAAUUCCGUUUCUAAAUGAGCAAGCCAACCCCAAAGCUGAGAAAAUGGAUAAAGCAGAAGCGACGGAGGUUGAAACCAAGGAGGGAGAUGUUAAAAUAGAUAAUCUCUCAGAAACGCCAGGUAAUUCAGUAGUGUCAGAAGAGACCUCAGUCGCCGGGUCCUCUUCCAUUUCUCCGGGACCUCUGACAAGUCUUAGUCUCCGAGGUAAACCACCUGAUGUUUCUACAGAAGCAUUCUUAACGAACCUAACAAUUCAGUCAAAACAGGAGGACACUGCGGAGAGCAAAGAGAGACCAUUAAUAAGACAGCUGCUGCAAGAACAAGAGAAUACCGUGCAGGAUAAUCAGACUUCAGGUACGAGUUCUCCGUGCAGGUCUAACGUAGGCAAAGGAAAUGCAGACGGUAACGCGAGUUGCAGUGAAAGCCUGGUUGCCAACACCACAAGGUCCCCACAGUUUAUCAACCUGAAAAGGGAUCCCAGGCAAGCAGCAGCAGCAGGCCGAAGUCAGCAGGCAGCUGCUUCAGAGAGCAAAGAGGGAGAGAGCUGCCGGAAUGAAGAAAAAAACACCCCGCCAUCUCUGUUACACACAGAGAACGCAACGGAACAAAUCCCAGUAGAGGACAAUGUGACCUCCACGGAGAAAAACCCAAGUGUUCAGCCGAGUGAAAAUGCAGUGGCUGCACAGAACUCUCCAUCAGCAGAAAACGUACACGCUUCUCCAACAGACCAAGCCAAACCUCUGCAGGAGGAUACUGUAAUGCAGAAUAUCGAGACUCUGCACCCAUUUCAAAGAGGAGCAUCAGCAACAGCAUCUCAUUUUGAAGGUGGAGGCACAUGUCAGUCGGAAUUUCCUUCUAAAAGCACUAAUUUUACUUCUAGAAGCACCAGCCCCAGAGCAAGUACAAACUUUGCACCUAUGAGACCGCAGCAGCCCAACCUCCCGCAACUCAAGUCCAGUCCUCCUGGAUUUCCAUUUCCAGGUCCUCCUAAUUUCCCCCCUCAGGGCAUGUUUGGAUUUCCUCCGCAUUUGCCACCCCCUUUGCUCCCCCCUCCGGGCUUUGGCUUUGCUCAAAAUUCCAUGGUUCCUUGGCCGCCCGUUGUUCAUCUGGCCGGCCAGCCACAGCGUAUGAUAGGCCCCCUUUCACAAGCUUCCAGGUAUAUAGGGCCGCAAAAUUUUUAUCAGGUGAAAGACAUUCGGAGACCAGAAAGGCGUCACAGUGACCCUUGGGGUAGGCAAGACCAGCAGCAACUGGAUAGGCCGUUUAAUAGGGGGAAAGGGGAUCGCCAGAGAUUUUAUAGCGAUUCCCAUCACUUGAAGAGAGAACGGCACGAUAAAGAGUGGGAACAAGAAUCUGAAAGGCAUAGACGCAGAGACAGAACCCAAGACAAGGACAGAGACAGAAAAAGAGAGGAAGGGCACAAAGAUAAGGAGAGGGCACGGCUGUCACACAGUGAUCGAGGAGCAGACGGAAAAGCAAGUAGAGAUGGUAGGAAUGUAGACAAGAAACCAGACAAACCUAAAAGUGACGACCACGAAAAGGACAAGGAACGAGAGAAAAGUAAACACAGAGAAGGAGAAAAGGACAGAGAUAGGUACCACAAAGAUAGGGACCACACUGACAGAGCUAAGAGCAAAAGGUAAAAGUGGCAGGCUGCGUCAAAGAUUCCAUUUAAGUAACAGUUAAAUGUUGUAUCUGAAAAACUCUCUGAUUGCCUGCUAGGAUUGUGCCAUCUCUAAAAGUUUUUAAUAUUGGUGAUUUGCAGAACAAUAAAUUUGUGUGUUGGGCAGAGUGCUCGGUACCAGUGCUCAUCAUCCCUUCUUCAUACCAACUGUCUCUAGUUAAUAGGAAUUUAAUAUUUUUAAAAGUUUUACAUUGCUGUAUAUUCAAAGAUUUGUUUUAUUAAUAUACAAUAAAGGCUUAGAAAAUUUAGUUUUAUUCUUUAAUUGGUAAAUAUGGUUAACUAUGGGAUAUAUUUACUGCCUUUAGUGAAUGUCCUUUAUAUAAUGAUUAAUUUGAGAGUAAUGUGUGCUCUAUAUGUUUGUUUCAAAUUGCACUGUUUUUAAAGAGAUUGUAGAGGAGCAACAAAAAGCCAAACCAGUUUCAUAAUCAGAUUAUAUUAAUCAUUUAGUUGAGCGGUUUUUGACCAAGAAUCAGAAGUCCAAGGAGUACAUAUAUAUUGUUUAUAAUCUAUACUCAUUGAAGGCGUUCGUUACCAUGUCGCAACUUUGUGGUAGCCCAUUACUUCCUUUUCAUUUGGCUAUUCAGAGACUUGAAUACUUAAGCUUGUACAUGAUCUUGUGUUUUGCUAUCCUUUUUACUGUAAAAUGUAAAUAUUUUAAGGGAUAUUUUGAUUCUAAAUAUGAUAAAAGAAUUUCUCACCUAUUUUGUGUGUGUGAUUUGAAACUGAGUAGUAAAAGAAUUUCUUUCAAAGCUUUAA